AUGACAUCUAGAUAUAGAGUUGAAUAUGCAUUGAAGAGCCAUCGUAGGGAUGAGUUCAUUGAGUGGAUUAAGGGUUUGUUGGCGGUACCAUUUGUGCUCCAUGCCGAUGUGGAGAAUUAUGAUACCGAUUUCACCAAGUACUACGAGGAUCCGGAAGCAUAUGAAGAUUAUCUUUUAUCAAGAGAGCACGAAAUUGCAUUAGAAUGCCAAAAGAGAUACGGAGAGAUUUUUGCCGAUGUAGAAAGAUUGGUGCGUCAUGCUAUCAUUAUCGACAAGUUGCAGGAAAAGAACCCUACGUAUGUGGACACAAGUAGAUUAAGAAAAUUAGUCCCCAGUGUGGGAAGAUUUUUUACCCCAUUACCUUUGUCCGAAGCGUUCUUAGUUGAAGAUUCACGAAGACUGAUAUCUAAAAGGAGAUUGGUCAGUCCAUCGUUCAAUGAUGUGAGGACUAUAUUGAAUACUGCUCAGGUAUUGGCACUAGCCAAAAUAUACAAAGAUAGUGGUGAAUCUGGAUCCAGGUUGAAAUUGAUUACAUUCGAUGGUGAUGUUACAUUAUAUGAUGAUGGAAGUUCAUUAACGCCAGAUGCGCCUGUUAUUGAUAAGUUAAUCAAGUUGUUAUCAAUGGAUUUAUUCAUUGGAGUAGUAACAGCUGCCGGAUAUCCUGGCCAACUGGGAGUUCCUCAGUAUUAUGCAAGGUUGAAGGGAUUGAUAGAUCGAAUUCGUACUACCACUGAAUUAACUGAUCAUCAAAGAGAAAACUUACUUGUUAUGGGUGGUGAAUCUAAUUAUUUGUUCAGAUAUGAUAAUGAAUUGGGAAACUUAAAAUUUAUUGAAGCUGAUGAGUGGUAUUUGCCUAUAAUGAUGAACUGGGAUAAGCUGAAGAUUGAUUAUAUUAUGCUGACGACAGAUAAACAUUUGCAACAUUUGCAGAGAAAGUUCAAAUUAGAUGAAAUGCAUAAGACUACGAUCAUAAGAAAGGAAAGAUCCAUUGGUAUCAUUCCUAACCCAGGAUAUAGAAUCUUGCGAGAAUACUUAGAGGAGAUGGUACUUUCAUGCUCUAUAAAGCUACAAGAGAUUUUAGCAAGAACGUCCAAAAGGCCAAUAUCCAUGGAAAUAGUCAAUCAGCUGGAUACAAGUACACCAGUAUCAACUCAGAAGGCCAGUGAUGAUGAUAUUAAAGUGUGCGCAUUUAAUGGAGGUUCCGAUGUUUGGGUUGAUAUUGGGGACAAAAGCUUGGGAGUCGAAUCACUUCAAAAAUACUUAUGCAAGGAUAUAAGAUAUCAGCAUAGUAUUUGUCCAAUUUUAAAGAGUGAAAGUUUACAUAUUGGUGAUCAGUUCGCAAGUUUAGGUGCAAACGAUUUUAAAGCAAGGCUAAGUGCAUGCACUGUAUGGAUUGCAAGCCCAAGAGAAACAGUUGCAAUAUUAGAUGAUUUAAUUCAGCAUUUAACGGAUAAAUAG